AGGCAUGCGCCACCGCCGCCACCACUACCAUCUAGCCUGUUUUCUUUUCUUUUUAUAUAUUUCUUUUAUAUACUUAUAAACAGAUUCUUAGAGACUGGCCUCUAACUUUUAGCAACUCUCCUGCUGCAUCAUUACACGCUUGCACCACCUAUCCAGAUGUUUUAUGACUUUGGUUUGUUUUCUGAGAGAAGGUCUCACUAUGUAGCGCAGGCUGUUUUCUAAUGAUUCUGCCUCAGCAUCCCUAGGCGGAGAAAUUCAGGCAUGCAGCACCACACUCAAUGCAGCUGUUUCCAUCCAUAAUCUAGGGAAGAAACCCUAUCCUGGCCAGAUGUAGGCUUCCUGCUCUAGCCAUGUGAUUCUCAUCUCCCUGAGGGGAGGGGGAUUGGGUAGGGCGGGUCUGGAGAGCUAGGAUACAUCAUUCUGGCCUUUACACCCCUCCCUUCUCUGUCUAUUGGGAGGCAGAAGACAGGAAAUGACUGCCAUGAAUGUGUUAGGAUUUUCACUAAAACAGGAGUUUGUAGUUCAGGCCCCAUACCAUCCAGAUGUUUUCCUGUCUGAUACCAGCCAGGUGCCCUCCCUCCCUCCGAUAAUUCUCCUCUUCCCAUCCCUCCACAUGACUGCAGCCUUUGGAUUCUCAGUUCCUGGCUGCUUUCCACAUUUCAUUCCUGUCAGAACCCAGGCAUCCUGGCCUUCAGCUGAAAGCGCUGCGUGUGGCUUCCCCUAUCCCUGGCCCCGUGACUCAGUCCCUCUGAGGGAACCAGCCCUCUUCUUGGCACUCGGGGGCUAGGUGGUGACAUCAGAAUUGAGGGGUAUAAAAGUCCUCAGCCAAAAUAGAAUUGAAGACACAACCUGACAGUGGCCUGUGACAGGGACCUCUCCGCCUGGUGUCCACGGAUGUCUGGAGGCAGAUUCUUACUGUGUCAAGGCCUGCCCACUGGUGAGAGGCUGCUGUGGCUGGGAAGAGGGUGGCCAGGGAGGAGAGCCUGGAUUGCCUGGGCAGCAUUUUCACAAACACAGACUCCAUGCUGGGCUCUCUUUCCCUUCUGUGGCUUGUGGCCAUGACCACCUCCUUGGUUUCUAAAGCUCAGAUCUUGACCCCCCAAGACUAUGAGGAAGAGGACGAUGAGGCGGUGACCACACCUUCUCUGGCUGUCCCUUGCGACUAUGACCGUUGCCGCCACCUGCAGGUGUCCUGCAAGGAGCUGCAGAAGGUUGGGCCGGUAGCCUGCAUGUGCCCAGGGCUCUCCAGGGAAGAUCAGCAGCCAGACCCUCCGCGGCUGGGAGAAGUGCAAAUGGUGGCUGAGGAAGGCUGCGCGGUUGUCCAUUGGUGUGCUCCCUUCUCUCCAGUCAAUCACUACUGGCUUCUGUUUUGGGAAAGCAACGGGGCUCCACAAAGGAGUGGCCCCCUCAAUGCAACAGUUCGAAGAGCGGAGCUGAAGGGACUGAAGUCUGGGGGCAUUUACAUCCUUUGUGUGGUGGCUGCUAAUGACGCUGGUGAGAGCCGCGUUCCUGAAGCAGGUGUUGAGGGUCCUGAGAACUGGGCUGGCUCUUCCUUUGGGCCUUGUCGAAAGCUUAUCAUGCCGCCUAGACCUGUCACGCUGGUCCAUGCAGCUGUGGGAGUGGGCACGGCUCUGGCUCUGCUGAGCUGCGCCGCCCUGGUUUGGCAUUUCUGCCUUCGUGAGCGGUGGGGUUGCCCCCGACGGCAAGGGACCGCCCAAGCUUCAGAAGCUCUCUGAUAGGAGUCCUACCGACUAGAAGCGAAUCUGGUGCAUUCCAGCCACAUCUGGAGAGCCCAACCCACUCCCAGGAGUACGGGGCCCGCUGCCACCUGGCACCAGCAGCACAGCCAAGUCAGAGCAGAGGCCCCGGCAACUGGCCUCCGACUGAGAGCUUGUUUAGUCCCAAAAUAACUGGUCACUAUGUUCUCUGGGCUCUAGGAGGCGUAGCAAUUAUUCCUUGGGGGUCAGAUGUAAAUGAUUUAAGCUUUAUGGGCUUGAGGGGGUAAAAUUGCAGACAUUACAUAGGUACUUAUACAUAGCCAGUUAAAAUCGAGCUGUUUAAGGCCCUGCAUAGUGGUCUACAAUUCUAAUCUCCAGCACUGACCCUGUCUCUAAAAUAAAGUAAAACGAAAGCAGAAACUAACAAGGGGGGGGGGGGGCGGUGAGGGAGAAAGAUGGUUCAGUAGUUAAGAGCACUGGCUACUUUUCCAGAGGACCAAGUUUUAUUCCCAGCACUCACAUGGCAGCUCACAACCAUCUAUAACUCCGUUUCCAGGGGAUCCACUGUCUACUUCUGACCUCUGCCAGCAGUAGGCACUCACAUACAUGCAUAUAUAUAUAUAUAUAUAUAUAUAUAUAUAUAUAUAUAUAUAUAUACUUGCAAGCAAAACACUCAUACACAUAAAAUAAAAAUAAAUUUAAAAAUGUAAGUUGUCCAUAGCUCAUAGGUCUUCAGUGGCAAGGGGCAGGCCAGGUUCAGCCCAUUGGCUGGGGUUUGCCUAUUGGCUGGGGUUUGCCCAUUGGCUGGGGAUUGCCGACACAAGCAAUGCAUUCUCACAAGUGCUCCCAACGGAGUGUGGCUUCCACGUGGAUUCUGAGAAUAAGCUUCUGGAGGGUGGGAGUUGAAGUUGGAGCUGUGCCCUUCUCCUACCUACCUUUGUUUUGUUACUAAGGAUGAGCCUGCUCAGAGUCCAACUGUGUCUGGGGAAACUGAGGAUUAAGGAUCACCAUGAACUGGAGGAGACAGAAGGCCCAAGCUGCAGUCUACACAAGUUAGUGGGUUGUUUUUUGUUUUUUGUUUUUGUUUUUUAUGAGACAGGGUUUCUCUGUGCAGCUUUGGAGCCUGUCCUGGAUCUCACUCUGAAGCCCAGGCUGGCCUCAAACUCAGAGAUCCACCUGGCUCUGCCUCUUGUGAUUAAAGGCGUGCGCCACCACUGCCCGGCUUCAAGUUAGUGUUUUUGUUAGUUAUUAAGUUUAUACCAAUGACUCCCCCCAGGUUUGUGUAAUUGUUUAUCCACUGUAAUAACAUUAAAGGCAAAUUAAAAGCAUUGUAUUUUCAGUU